AUGGACGAUAGUGUCGACCACGCGUCCAACGGUUCCACUCGCGACGACACCAUCGACUUCGUGGGUAAGACAAUACUGGCGCCGAUGGUCAGGACCUCAACGCUACCGAUGAGGUUACUAUCGCUAAGACUCGGCGCCGACAUUGUCUACACCGAAGAGAUCAUCGACUAUAAGCUGAUCCGAUGUCAACGAGUAGUCAACCACCUGUUAGGGACCGUCGACUACAUUGACGACAACGCGGUGGUAGUCUUCAGGACCUGCCCUCAGGAGUCCUCACGACUGGUCCUCCAAUUGGGAACCAAUGACUCGCAGCGAGCCUUACGCGCGGCUCAGAUGGUGGUGCGGGACGUGGCGGCCAUCGACGUGAACAUGGGUUGUCCCAAAGCAUUCUCAGUGAAGGGCGGCAUGGGAUCAGCUCUGUUGACACAACCGGACAAAGUGGUGGACAUUCUCCAGACGCUGGUCCGGGGCGUCGCGAAACCAAUCACUUGUAAGAUCCGAGUGUUGCCAUCGCUUGAGGACACCAUACGUCUCGUGCGGCGCAUAGAGAGCGCCGGCGUUCGGGCGCUGGCCGUUCACGGGAGGACCCAAUCGGAGAGACCUAAAGACCCCAAUCGUAACGACUAUAUCCGUGCGAUCGCCGCGGCGGUCGACAUACCGGUGAUCGGAAACGGAGGUUCGGAUGAGAUCCAGACGUACGCCGACAUCGAGCGGUUCCGACAGAGGACGGGCUGCUCGUCGGUAAUGAUCGCCCGAUCGGCGCAAAAGAAUUGCUCCAUAUUUGCGGACAGGGAGGGACUGUUAGCCAUGGAUGACGUGAUCAGACAGUACCUCGAGUUGUGUGUGGAUUACGACAAUCACGUGAUGAACACGAAGUACGUGAUUCAGCAGAUGUUGGGACCACUGCAGGAGACACCCAGAGGUAGGGAACUGUUGGCGGCGCAGACGCUGAGGACGAUAUGCCGGUUAUGGGAACUGAACCACUAUUGCGAUCAAACGCGGAUCAAACGCGAGUUGACGUCAAAGACAUCGAUUGAGAACCAGAAUAUUGUGUGCAAUAAGAGGCUGAAGACAUGUGUGGACAGCGGUGAUGAGGCGGUUGUGGAAAUGGAUGUGAUUUUUGUGCGCAAUCUGUUCCCAACAGACCCUGAUUUGCCGAAAUCACGACUACUGGCGCUCGCGAAGGGAACGGGAGUAGAGGCGCCGGUAUAUGAGACUUCGGGCGUCAGAAAGAAUCACUUCCGGACGGUGUGUCGGUUCGACGGGAAGUGCUAUUCGAGUCGCUAUCUCGAGAAGAAUAAGCGAUACGCGGAACAGUCGGCAGCUCUCGUGGCGUUGAUAUCACUGCAACUGAUCCGCGACACCGAUAUCUUAGCCCAGAGUGUGGACGCUGUCAGUGACAUGAAUCGCAUGACUGUUACCAUUGAUUCUCAUAUUUAUUACAUCAAGACUUCUUGA